CUUUAGUGAUAGUAAUGUCAACGGCGGCCUCACUGGGGAGUAGUAGGGUAGGAGUGGCUCUAUGUGGGGAGGACGAUGUGGCUGACUGUGUAGUGGAGUUAGGAUUGCUGAUGAUACCUUAUUACAUGUUCCUAGUCAUGGUGCCCCUGAGGAUACAUGAGUUAUAUUCCUGCGCUCGAUCUCUACCACCUAGGAGGUGGCCGUUCACGAACCUUGUCAAGAGGGUUUGUUGCGCAUCCUUAGCGGUUGCUAAUGCUGGUAUCGCUACUGCCGCUAUAGUCUUCUAUGAUAGUAUCUAUGGAUCAUGCUACGUUGUGCUCACUCCUGUCAUUCACUCUGUCUGUUGGCUUCUUGCCCUCCUAUUGCUACACUUGGAAUAUCGCCGGUACCUGCCUCAGUCCUGGUCGAGUUUGCGGUCCUUUUGGUUCCUCACGGGUAUAACUAGCUCUGCCCGAGUGGUAUGGCUCUUCGUGUCAUCGCUCGAGAAGACUCCAAUGUACCUGUUACUGUAUCCCUACGAGACGGUAGUGAUGUCGAUACUAUUGGCAGCAGCGCAGUUGUUGUUAAUGUGGAUGAGUGUGGCCAUACCCAGCGACUUGUCUUUGGCGUUGUUCCCUUAUAUACAGAGGCUUAUGCAGGCUGGUCAGCUGUAUCCGUCUUCGGGUUCCCAGGCGAUGAUAGAGCACACUAUAGACUCGGGAUACUCGCCGCCUAGUAUUGGCUCUCCUUCGGCUCCUCUGCCUGCAUUCCGUCCUUGCCUGAAAUUGUUGGACGUUCAAGUGGUGGCCAAGAUAGGCCCAACAGGACAGGCCCUCACUGAAUACAAGUUAUUCACCCGAGUAUACCCUCAAGCAGGAGAAGCCUUCCAGAUCACUGUCAAGCGCCGUUUCAAGGUUCUCAAGUGGUUGGAUGAUCGACUGAGAGUCCUAUUCGACCACGAUCGUUUCCCUGAGUUCCAUGCGAAGAUGGGCAGCUUCCCCCCAAGGGAGGUGGUGGAGGCAAACCCAUUCACGCGUCAAGUUGGCUUUAGGGAGUAUUUUCGGACGCUGUACACGAGUCAGAUGUUCAUGGUACCGGAGCUUCUCGAUAUCGUUGGUCUUAAUCCUAUGAAGGGGAGUAAGCAGUUGAGUGCAUUCAUGUCUCUGAGCGCUAGUCAGCUUCGAAUGGAGGAGAAGGCGAGGAUGUCUAUGCGUGGCCGAGGCAGCGUCAGCUUGGAUCUCCCGACUGGGGGAGAGCAAAGAUUUGCCAGCUCGGCUGCAUCGUCAUCUAACCGGUUAGAAGCUCGUGGAUCUCCAUUGACACCGCAAAGUAUGGGAGUGCUCCCAGAGACCGUGGAGGAGGGCCCAGAGAUAGAGCUGGAGAGUAACCGUCAGAGGACUGCCGAAGUGGUGUUGUACCAUUACGACGUUGAUUGUCUGCCUGUAGCCCACCCGAAGACUCUUUUUGUUCUCAAGUUGUUCCGUCCGGCCGAUGAUAGUCCGUAUGGAGAGGAGUGGGUGAUCCAGCGGCGGUACUCUGAGUUCAGGGAGCUCCACCAAGUGCUCCAGUCUCAUUUCGUACAUGAUGUACGGGCGAGGAAGAUUCUCAACGAUCUAGCGUUCCCCACGAAAGUGUUGUCCCACCGAGCUGACCUCGAGAAGGCUCAGAAUGAGGAACGGAAAGAGAUGCUUGGCCUGUGGAUAGCGGGCAUCAUGUCAUCCAUCGACGUUCUUGGGUGCCCUGCGGUGGAAGACUUCACCAGGCGAGACGAUGCUGCUGGUUUGCAAGGCAGCACGUCAGCAGCACAGUGA